AUGAAGAAACGCAUACAAAGCGAUAAAAGAGAUUAUGUAAAAAGAAGACAUAUUGAAUUGGAAAAAUAUCCAUCUUUAUUAUCUGAAAAUGCUAAUAGUGAUCACGAAGAAACACAUGCUGCAUUUGAAAUAUCUGCACAAUCUACUCGUAAAAUUUCGGCCAAAAUAUACCUAGAAAACUUCAAUUCUUUACAAAUUGAUGCACUUAAAAGAAUGAGAUGUGCUAUAGAAGAAGCUAGAGAAGAUAGAAAUGCUAACGAUCAUAAAUUUAAAACUUUGCUCAGAGAUUUUUUAACACUAGAGGAUGAUUCAAAAUAUCUCUGUGAUGCGGAAACACUGAAGAAUGACAUUUCAUCUUUUCUUUUUAUUUUGACUGAGUAUCAAUUGGCUCUUGAGAAUUUAAUAGCUCUUAGAUCUUCUGAUAUUUAUAAAUACAGGGAUGAGCAUAAUCAAGAAACUAAUCUUGCAAAAGCAGCUAUUACAAAAGUUGUUUCAAAUACAUUUUCUCAAAUGAAUAAGACUUUGCUUCACAAAAAAGUAUUAAAAAAGCUUACAAAAGCUAUUAAUCUUGCUUUACUUAGCGUAGAGUAAAUUAUUUUCUUUCAAUAAUUUUUGCAUGCCUAAAUUAACAAAAACAUAAAAGCUAAGAUUAUAUAACCUGU